GUUCUCCUGCGGAAGAACGAUUUCAAGGAAUGUCUGAGUGUAACCUGUAGCCGUAUUUGAGCAAAUAUUCUUGCUAUGGAGCUACUCCAUGUGAGCAAAACACGACUACUGCUCGUCGUAGUGUUCGGAUGGUGUUUCGGGGAGGUGUUUAGUUACGGAGAGGAGAGCAGCGAGUUCACUUUCCUUUUGCAAGCCGGGAAAUCCGAUUGUUUCUUCCAGCGGGCAAUACAGAAUGGUACGAUGGAGGUCGAAUAUCAGGUGAUAGGAGGAGCCGGCAUGGAUGUGGAUUUCACCAUCCUGAACCCAGAGGGCACCCCGAUGGUUGCAGAGACCCGUCGCUCUGAUGGAGUGCAUGUGGUGGAGCCCACAGUGGAGGGAGACUAUCAAGUCUGCUUUGACAACAGCUUCAGCCACUUCUCAGAGAAAAUGGUGUUCUUUGAGCUUUACGUCGAGGGGCAAGGAGGAGACGUGGGUGGUGAUGAGGAGUGGGCUGGUUUAGAGGAGUUGGAUGAAAACAUGUUGCAGUACAAGCUGCAGGAUAUGAGGGAGUAUAUGGACUCUGUACACAAACGUCUAGAGCGUAGUCGGCAGAUGCAAACUGUGCUGCGAACUUUUGAGGCGCGGGACCGAAACCUUCUGGAAGACAACCUGUGGAGGGUCUCGUUUUGGUCGUGUGCCAGUGUGCUGGUGAUGCUGUGCGUGGCCUUCACGCAGGUCUACACUGUGCGUAAACUUUUUGACGAUAAGCGUAGAGUGUUUACAUAGAAGGAACUCUCAACUGUGACAAGACAGACUGGGCGGGGAUCCCAAUCCACUACAAGGGUGGAGAUAUUUAAUUGUAUAUAAACACCAGCUGACGGCAUCAAUUGAUGUGGUUCACAUCUGAAAGCUUGUCACGCACCAGUCUGAGGAUGAAGAGCAAUUCCUAUGUUGGUGGCCUUUUUGUUUCCUUUAGUGCCUUUUCCUUUAGUGCCUUUAUAAUGUGAAAUUUGAGCACAAACUGAUGCAAAAAUACAUUUGAAAAGGCACUUCUGUUUAUUUUGCAGUUAAACAAUGUUGUGUCUGGCUUUAUGCUCAAGUUCUUCUAGUUUUUGUUUUUGCGAAAGGUGAAAGGGCAGUGGCUUGUAAAACCUGUCAGCCCUUCCAGUUUACACAUGGUAACAAUGUGCAAUAGUUUUGUAUUUGUUCUACCAUUUACUUUUUUCCAGCUUUUUUGAGCUUGUUUUGAAAAAUCAAUUACAAUAAUGGUACUGUGCCUUUGUGCUAAAGGAUUUUACUCUGUACUUUUUGGGGGAAAUGUAUCCAAUGAGUGAUACUGCCAUUGUAAAAUUUAAAAGCAAGGAUUUCAAGAGAGCCAUUGCUUUGAUUUUAAUGUUUUUAGGUUUUGUGAGAUAAGACUGUCUUGGACAUUGUGUAAAAAAAAAAUGUUUUACUCCCAGCUAUUUAAACAAUAAAAUCACAAUAAUUACAAAAAUCUACAUUUUAUUUUCUACAGUUAUGGCAAUGUUCUGUUCGCAAAUAAAAGUUGUUUUAUAUUGC